CUAGCAGGUAACUUUCACAUUUUUAGAUGAUAUAUAAAAGGGAAUCACAAUUUGAUUCCUAACUUCAUUCACUUUAUUAAAGUUUAACCAUCAACAUCAUUUGUUUAUUGAUAAAAGGAAUAACGGAUUAAUUAAACCAUCAUCUUAAAUCAAAACUAUGUCCUUAACCAGUCGUCGAACGGGCUUAUCGCUCGCUUUCUUAGUUUUAGUUGUUCUCCAAUUGGUUCUUGUUAACUACUAUGUUACACAAGUCGAAGGAAGUCGACGAAAACUCCUUAAGAUCAAGAAACUCGCUGCUUUGGCUCUUCUCUUGAAGCAUUCCAAGAAAAAGAAGUUCGGAAUCUUACCUGUUCCAAUCCCAAUUCCUCUUCCUCUUGAAUUGGAAGCCAAAUCCUGGCCAAAACAAUCAUGGCCCGCUCCUUCAUGGCCUGCACCAUCAUGGCCAACUGUUUCAUCUUGGGAACCAUCAUGGGGAGGAGGUGAUAACUGGGGAUCCGCUUCUUCAUACUCAUCUGGUGCCUCAUAUGGAGCUGGAGCUUCAUCUUAUGGUGGUGGUGAUGAUUACUCAGCUGCUGCUGGUAGUUAUGGUGGAUCAUCAGGAUGGUAAACCAAUCACUUUCAUCUAAACUAAACAUCAACAUUCCAUUACUGCAACAACGCGACCACAAAAUUCAUCAGCAUAACAGACACAAAAGCACCAUCACCAAACCCUCGAUGAUGACUGUUUUUCAUUUUCCUCUCUUCAGCGCCUCUUUCUCUCUUUCCUCAUCAAUUGUACAAUAAUUGUCCUGUUCACCUGAUUGUAAAAAAAGUUAAAUAACUAGACUUGUUUCCACAAAAUUAAUCAAUUGUCAAGGUUAGACAUUGAAAGUUUAGAUGAUCAAGAUGUCAAAUCUUUCCCUCAUUUUGCUAGAUCAACUUAACCUUGCUGGAAUCCAAUUGAUUAUUGAAACAGUCUAAUCUAUUUAGAUUUUUAAUUUGUCCUUUGUCACCCACCUUUGUGUUUUCAUCUUCUCUCUUCUAGCCUCUCUCGUAUCAUCAUCAUCAGCAUCUUUUUUGCCAUAACUUUUUUAUCAUGUUAUUAUUUCAUUAAUAAUAUAUUUACAAAUCUAAAACAUAAAA